CUUCCGGGACGCCGCUGUUGCUAAACAUGGCUUCUCUGGACAGAGUCAAAGUGUUGGUUUUAGGAGAUUCUGGUGGGGGCAAAUCUUCCUUGGUCCAUCUUCUGUGUCAGAACCAGGUGUUAGGAAAUCCAUCAUGGACGGUGGGGUGCUCUGUGGAUGUUCGGGUUCAAGACUAUAAAGAGGGAACCCCGGAGGAGAAAACCUACUAUAUUGAGCUGUGGGAUGUCGGAGGAUCUAUUGGCAGUGCCAGCAGCAUCAAAAGCACCAGAGCGGUCUUCUACAACUCAGUUAAUGGAAUUAUAUUGGUACAUGAUUUGACAAAUAAGAAAUCCUCUCAGAACCUUUACCGCUGGUCACUGGAAGCUUUAAAUAAGGAUUCCUCUCCAACAGGAGUCAUUGUCUCAAACGGUAGUGACUAUGAUAGAGAGCAGUUUGCUGAGAACCCAGUGCCUUUGCUGCUGAUUGGCACCAAGUUUGACCAGAUCCCAGACAACAAACGCAAUGAAGUUCUCACCCGAACAGCUUUUCUCUCUGAAGACUUCAAUGCUGAGGAGAUCAAUCUGGACUGCACUAACCCCAGAUACCUGGCUGCAGGCACAUCGAAUGCAGUGAAGCUGAGCAGGUUCUUUGACAAGGUUAUAGAAAAGAGAUAUUUCACAAGAGAUCCAAGUCAGUUGGCAGGUUUCACUGAGAGAAAACGCUUCAACUUCAAAAGUUUGCACUAUGACUGACAAGACGUGAACACUACAGCGGUGGUCUGUACAGAGUGUGUGUGGGGGCUUCUCCACCACAACCACCACACUCACUGAAAUACUUUCUCUAUCUGCCCUCUUCUGCAAAAUGGUGUACCAUCCACAUGAACCUUACACACAUGUUCAUCCAGAAAUGACUCAGACCUAUGCUACUGAAAAGACAGUUUUUAAAUGAGUUACAGAUUCAAUAUGUACAUAGUUGACAAAACUUGCACAGAAAUCUUUCAAAAAGAGAUUUGCAGGAAUGAAGAGACACGCUCGAGCAAAGAAAGGAAGGACACAGGAACAUCCUAUAGCUACUUUUAUUAUUUUAGGUUGAACAACCAUAUUCCAAAAAUUCUUUGUAACUAAAUCUUUCUAAUAGAAGCAACUGUGAUUUUUUUUUCAUACCUUUGCAAAACAUUCACAUAAAACACUUUCCUUUCUCAAGCUAAAUUAAUUUGAAUUUUGCUUUAUUAAGCUGUCUUAAUAAUCAAGUGAAGACAAAUUCUUGGCCUCUGAAUAGUGGCUCAUUCAACAUUCCCCUACCCCUGCAUGGUUUUCUUGAUCCAGGGGAGAAAGAAAUUAAUGCUUGUGAAGACAUGAGGAUACUUGGGAUUGUCACACUGAUCCAGGGCAGUAAAAGCUGUUAUACCCUGAGGUUUGCUGUUGCAGAUCAGCGGUCCACCAGAAUCCCCCUGCACGAAAAAAGCAAGAGAAACACUUGAUUGUGGAAAGAUGACGAUUACUCUUCAUAAAUAAAAGAAACUAAUUUAUUUAAUUUUGUAACGUUGCAUUAUUACUGUUCUG